CCGGUUGAGAGUUCAUUGGGGUCCUGACAGCGCGGAUUAGAAAUACAGCAAAAAAAAAACCAACCACUUUAUUUCUUUCCUUCAAACCAGUGAGACCAGUUAGAAAGAUGUCGAGCAGAGAAGGAGGCAAAAAGAAACCGCUGAAGGCGCCCAAGAAACAGUCCAAGGAAAUGGAUGAAGAUGACGUCGCCUUCAAGCAGAAGCAAAAGGACGACCAGAAGGCGAUGGACGCACUGAAGACCAAAGCUUCAGGGAAAGGACCUCUAGGGAGCAGUGGCAUCAAGAAAUCGGGCAAGAAGUAAGAAGAGCAGAAUGUGCCGACGAUGUUUCUCUGCUGCCCGGCUUCUCUCCCCGAGUCUGAGAUGUUUGUUUCUGGCUGAGAAGACUCCGGUGUGCGUUUCUCUCUGUCACACCUGAACCCCGUCAAACCAUCAACCCCGCCCUGGCGUUGACCUCCUCUAGCCAGAGAAUAUAUCUGUUCACGCAUCAAUAAUUAUGUUUCACGCCGUGACGUUUGAACAAACGUCUUCAAACCCACUUUAGAAAUGAGGGUCUGCAGUUUAUGAUUUCACCGUGUUUAGUUGUGUGUUCAUGUAAAAUCCCCCCCCAGUUCUUUUUCCCCCCGAUUAUUGUUGUAUUGUAAGGGGAGAGAUACUAACAAAGUUUUUUGUAUUUACGGUUUGUUUUAUUUCUGUAAUUGGAAAAAAAUCGGAAGAAUGUAAACCAUAAAACAAUGUUUAAAAUAA